AUGAGCAACUUCAUAGGUUCUAUCACAGAGAGCAAAUUGGGCCAAGCGGCCCUUUAUACUGCAUUGUUGACUGGAGUCUACAAGUUGACCACUUUCACCUUGUCCUUUGGGAGUCUUCUUUUGGACCUCUUUGUCUUACCACCCACUGACUUCGUGAAGUAUGGCGCGAAGAAAGGCAAUUGGGCCGUGGUUACUGGUGCUUCUGAUGGGAUUGGGAAGGAGUACGCGUUUCAAUUGGCCAGCAAGGGCUUGAAUGUUGUUUUGGUUUCAAGAACCUUGUCUAAACUCGAGGCUAUUGCCACUGAAAUCCAAGAGAAAUUCGGGGUCAAGACCGAAGUCAUUGCCUUCGAUGCAUCUGAGGACAACGAAGCCAACUACAAGGCGAUCCAAGACACCAUUGCCGAUUUACCUGUCACAGUGCUUGUCAACAACGUUGGCCAAUCCCAUAGCAUUCCUGUGCCGUUUUUGGAAACCGAGCAAAAAGAACUCACGGAUAUCAUUACCAUCAACAACCUUGUCACAUUGAAGAUCACGCAGACUGUUGCGCCAGUGAUCGUCAAGACCGUGGCUGGACAAAAGAAAAAGGUGAGAGGGUUGAUUCUUUCAAUGGGCUCUUUCGGAGGCUUGAUCCCCACUCCCUAUUUGGCAACUUACUCGGGGUCCAAGGCUUUCUUGCAACAAUGGUCGUCUGCUUUGGCCGGGGAGUUGAAGCCUCAAGGCGUGGACGUGCAAUUGGUGGUUUCGUACCUUGUCACCUCGGCGAUGUCGAAGAUCAGAAGAACCACCGCCACGAUCCCUAACCCCAAGCAGUUUGUGAAAGCCACUUUGAACAUGGCGGGUAAGAGAGGCGGUGCCCAAGAACGCUUCGCUACAUCGACUCCGUACUGGUCCCAUGCAUUGAUGCACUUUUUCAUUGAGAACUCGGUUGGUGUGUACUCCAGCAUCGGCAACAAGCUCAAUUUGGACAUGCACAAGAGCAUCAGGGCCAGAGCCUUGAAGAAGGCCGCCAGAAAAAAGGCUGAGUAG